AUGUGGAGUUCCCUACGCGGCAGCCAACUCUACGGUCCGUGCGCCCUCGCGCAUCUGUUCCGCAGCGUCCCUCCGGCCGCUGUUCGAGGAGGCGUACGGGCACGUGCGCAAGCACUCGCUCAAGCACUUCUGGUCGGACACGGUGGCCGAUCCGGACAUCCUGGAGCUGUCGGACGAGCGCAAGUUCAUGCAGCACCGCCAGGACGUUCCGGACGUGCUGAACGAGCCGCCGGCGCCAGCGCCGGCUGUGUUCGCUCCCACGGGGGCAUCGGCGCCCCGGCCCUCGGCCCCGCCCCCACGCCCGCCGCCUCCUCCACCGAAACUGUGCUGGAGAUGGACGACGAGGUGGUGGUUCUUCCCUCGCCAACAGAAGGCGGGCCCGCCCCCGAAACGCCCGCCGCCAAGGGGCAGGGCGCGGCGGCCGCGGCGGCGCGGCUGGUGCUGGACGAGUCCGACGAGGAGCUGUUCUGCCUGGGCCGCUCGUUCGGCACGCAGGACUACUUCGGGCAGCGCGUGCUGCAGGUGGCGCAGAUCCUGCGCAACCUGAGCUUCUGCGAGGAGAACGUGACGGUGCUAGCACGCAACCGCUGCUUCCUGCGCUUCCUGCUGCUGUGCGCCGGUUCGCGCUGGAACGCGCUCCACCAGCACGGCCUGGAGAUGCUGGGCAAUGUGGCGGCCGAGGUGCUGGUGGAGGACCCGCUUGCCGACCGCUUGGCCGCGGGCCUAGUGGCCACAGUGACGCGCGGCCUGGCGUCGCAGGACCGCAUGGUGGUGGUGGCGUGCCUCGAGAUCCUCAACAAGCUCAGCCAGCGCGACGAGAACGAGGACGUCAUGCUGCGCUACCUCGACCAGAAGGUGUAUGAUCAAGUCUGCACAUAUUUAACAUUGCACGAUAUCAUGUUGCUGAUUUACACUCUGGAGUGUCUCUAUUCCUUGUCAUCAUUAGGAGAACGUGCUUGUAAUAGCAUUGUGAGAGUACAUGGUGUAAUGGAUACCCUGGUUUCACUCAUCACUGUGGAGGCUCAAAGUUAUGGUCCAAAGGCCUGCAUACUGAUGCGCGUUGUGGAAACCGUGUCUGGCACACCCUCUGCAUAUGCCCCUCCCCCUCAUGCAGCCCCAGUGGCUCCAACCCCACCACCUGUCAUGCCCCUGCAGAGUCAAGGGGCAAUGUUGAUGCAGGCACGACCAGCUACACCAGUGACCCCGCAGCGGCAACUCACUCCUCAAAGGAUAAUGAUAGGCCCACCUCAACCUGCUGUUGCUACUCCUGUUACGCCUGUGCAAACUACUCAGACUUACCAACAACAACAACAGCAUGCAGCCAGCCAAGCCCAACAUGAAAAUGAACAGUUUGCUUUGGCUUGGUUGAGGGCUACAUUUGAGCCUGCAGCAGGCUGUCGUAUUGAACAGGCAGAAAUGUAUAAACAGUACUUGACAGCCUGUUCUAAGGUGGGCCGACGUGGAGUAAUAGCCCCUCUUCAUUUUCCUCGAUGUGUUAGGUCUGUUUUUGGAGGGUGUGUUGGACCAAAUCCUCAGAAAGCAGUGGCUGGUGGUGCAGGAGGAGACCAGCCUGUCGCCAAUCUGUCCUUUUACGAGGGCAUUAAGGUGCGCAUCACUCCGUACUCUGUGCCUGUGGCCACCGCCAACCUCACCCCACAGCCGGCCACUGCAGUGCGCAAGACCCUGCAUGUGGUGGCCAAGACAGUGACACCUCCUCCCUCUGCGUCCACACCGCCUCCUCCAGCAGUCACGCAGCCACCACCACCCAUUGCCGAGGCUGCCCCUACCGUGGACACAUCCGUGCCUGUCAUCCCUGCUCCUGCCUCUCCUAUCCUGAAGGCUCAGCUAUGUGCCCCACCCAAACCCAGGGAGACACCUAAAGGGGAUGCUAAAAGCCAGGUCCUGGCUCACCCUCACUUGAGCCAAGCCCUGCUGGGAGGGGGUGGGGGUAGUCAGCCCCCCAAGGAAGGCGGGCAAGCAGCAGGCCCCUGCAGCACGUCCCUCAUCAAGAGCCUCCUGGCUACUAAGGUAAUGCCUGGUGCGGCUGAAAGCAUGGGCAUGCCGCCUGCGCCUGCAGUGUGUGCAUCCGAUAACCAGCCAUCACCACCACCUACGCCACCACAGCAGGUCACUCAGCGUCAACAGCAACAGAGAUUAUUGCAACAACAGCUCCAAACUCAGAGCCAACCUCAGAAGGAUUGCAUUUCUCCUCCACCUGUGACACAAACUUCUACUCCACCAAUUAAAACUGUAGUUCAAACAGUUCCCACAGCUGUUGUCACUACUGCUUCAACUGCCACAUCUACAAACUUACCAGUUGUUGCUAAAAACAGAAUUGGAGUUGUUACUAAAAUCCCAGAUGCACGGCAAAAGAUAUCUCGAUUAAAUGGAGCUAGAAUAACCCUUCACACCUCAGGUGGAGAAACUCAGACCACAGGUACAGUUCCCACCCCAAUUGCACGUGUUGUGGAGAACCACCUGCCAGCAUCAGGUGUUGGUGGAACAGCUUUAAGAGGGCGCCGUGAACCACCUCAGCCUCCUCCACCACCUUUGGCACCUCUCAGCAGUGGAUCAUCUUCUGGAGGCAAUGCUGCACAUCCACGGGUCACUCGUCUGGAUAUUGAAGAUUCUGAUUCUACAGGCAACAAUUCUCUUGCCUCAAGUAGCGGAAUUGGUGGUAGUAGAGAUUGCAGUGGCAUUGGUGCUGGCAAUGUCUCGUCUACUGACGAUGGUGAAAACUCCCUCACAAGUUUUGAAGGCAUUUUAUUGAAUGGUAUUCCUCAUUCGUUGGACAUUGAUGCAGCUUCAAAUGAUAGCAGCUCAAAGGAUUCUGCCAGGAGUGGGACCCCUCAACAAAAGACAUCUAGUACAAAAAGUCUUAUGUUGGCAGACUUACUCGAGAAGAAAGUAGACAAAAAAGAGCCACCUAUAUUGAAUGGAGCAUUAGGGAAAGAACUUCGAAUAGGUGAAAAGGGGUUGGAAUUGGUAGAAAAUCAUCUGGAGAAAGUUUUAAAAGACACAGUACCAUGUAAUCCACAGCCCAAAACUUUUGAUGUGAAAGAUAGUGCUGAAGUUUUGAAGGACGUUAAAGACUUGAAAGAAGUAAGUGAUGUGGUGAGGACAGUAGGGCAGAGUAACAAAAAUUCUCAGGAAGUGUCCAUUCCUGAAGUAGAAAAAAUUGCAUUUAAGACUGUAGGUACUGUUACUGAUGAAUCGAUAAGUGCUGAGCAUGUAAAAGCUGUUGUAACACAGCAAACACAGACAAUCCAGGCCACUAAAAGGCCAGCCGAGACUGAUCCUAUUGAAGAAGGUCUUGUGGAUGCUAAGAGAAUUCAUCUAUCUUCCGACACUGUUAUUAACGGAACAGCCUCACCAGGUCCACCAACAGUAAUUAAAAAGGAGGAAGAAUCCUCUGUUGGGUUGGAAUGUAAAGAUGUAGUAAAAACAGAAAUUAAUUCUGCUGUAUCUGUAAUUAAAUCUGAAGGAAAUCCUAGUGUCAGUAUAAAAUCUGAAGUUGUUGUUAAGACGGAACCAAGUGCUCCUCCAACAGUUCCAAAAACAGAAGUUGCCACAACAGCUUGCAAUACAGAGAACACAAAGGAAGCACCAUCUUCAAGUGGUAAUUAUCCUUCUGCAGCAAAUCUGUAUGCUGCUUUAGCCGCUUCUGCUGUGGAAGGUGAAGUAGAUUUGGAAGUAGAGCAGCCAGCUAGGCCACCUCCCCCACCACCUCCUCCUCCAGCAACUCCAGCCAGCAAUAUCCAGUUGGUGCCUGGAGGCCUCCGCCAAGUGUUUCUGGGUCAAGGUGUGGAAGGCAGCUCACAGCAACAGCAGUUGAUUGUCGCUGCACCCAGGCAGAUCAUAGUGUCCCAGGGACAGCUUCCUUCAAGUCAAGUGUUGAUUACCGCUGGUGGACAGAUUACUCUCCAGCAGAACCCAAAUGCAUCAGCUGCUGCUGCAGCAGCAGGUGCCAUUAAAGCUGGCCCUGGCCAUCAGGCUGUCCCAGUGUUAGUUCAAACAAGUGGUACGCCUCCUCAGCAGGCUCGCCUCGCCACAGUACAGGCAGGACAAGUAGUGCUGUCUCAGUCAGGUUCUGGACAAUUCAUUCUGUCACAGGCACCACAGGGUCAAGUCCAACUUGUUGCCAGUGGGAGUCAAGGAGGACAGUACAUCGUGUCAACAAGUGGUGGUGGACAGACUCACUAUGUUGUAGCUCAGCCCCAAACCGCUUUGGUUCAAGGGCAGACUCAAACAGUCCUUGUUGCACAGACUCCACAGCAACAAGGCACUGGUACAAAAACUAUCAUCAUUCUCCAACCACAGAGUUCAGCAGCUGCAACACAUCAUCAAAAGGUGGUAGUGACACCACAAGGUCAACCAGUGGUGGUAACACAAGUCCCUAGGCCUAUUCUUCAGAGUCCUGCCAUUACAAAUAUCACUCCUGUGCUGCAGCCUCCAGCAUUGGUUCCCACAUCUGGUGCUUCACCUGCAGCUACAAACACAUCUGUUGGUACCUCUUCAGUAAAAACAGUGAGCACUACUUCCAAUACUCCUGUAUCUACUGCCAUGGUAAUUCGUGGUCAUCAGCCUCCUCCUGUUUCUAACACACCUGCUAGUCUACCUCCUAACCAACAGUCAAGAAUAAUAACACCUAAUCCUGCUGUGACUACAUCUCCAUCAGUUGGCAAGCCAGUGGCCAGGCCAGUCAUAACUACCACAGCCACUGCAGUAAACAUUCAGAAUCCUGGCACUGCUAAUUCACCAGGCCCUAGGCCUUCCACCCCUCAAAGUACUGCUACCACAACCAGUCAGCAUUCAUCCCCCAACACGAGGUCCAUGACAGCACAAGUGAAGCAGACUCCUCCCAGACCAAUGGUUGUCACACGCACCCAGUUGGCGCAGCAAGAUGAGAAAAUGAGCCCAAUGAUGACAAGAAAUACGAAGAGCCCGGUUUCUUCAUCGCAAACUUCUCAACAAUCCACUUCUCAUGUUCAUCAGAAAUCUGGUUCAGCUAUGCCUAUAGUGGAUACGAAUCUCUACCUCUGUGAAUGGCGUGGGUGCAUGAGAUUCCUUCGCAGUUACGAGCCUCAUCUUGCAAGUGUUGCUCUCAGCAAUGUUGAGUCGUCUCGGACAAUUGCACAAGUCCUAUAUGAUAUGAAUCAUCAAUCUGGGCAAAGAUGACCCUGCUAGGCCUAGCUUCUGCACCGAAGAGGUGUGUGUGAAUAUGUGUGUGUGUAUACUUGUGUGGUUGCUUGGACUAAGUGAUAACUUGCUAAUGGCAUUUAAUCACAUGCAGACUGUAGUCCAGUGCCCAUAUUGUUAUUGUAUAUUUAUUUUUUCGCGUCGGAAAGUGAUCAUGUGCGUGUGGUAAAAAGAGUGGCUGUUAAGUGUACAAAUCUCUUUAAAACAAUUUUAAUGAACUGCAAUUUUUUUUUCUAUUGAAAACCACUGCAGGCUUUACAAAAUGUUAGUGUGAUGACUGAAGAACUUUUUACGACUCAGAUAAUUUAUAUAAUUAGGCUUUUGAGAACUUUUCGAAUUGCAAAUGUAAAGUACUGUGUCUCUCUUUUUUCUCUCUCCUAUUGGCAGUGUUGUAAAUGAUGUUAUUAUUUCACUCCAAUCUGUAAUGGUAAAGGUUGGAUUAAAAUGCUUUCAUGUAUUUUAUGGAACUUCUUGACGAUUAGAAGUUGUUUUUUUUUAUAUGUAUACAUUUUGUGUUGCAUUGCUGCAAAGGUAAAUGUGCAAUUCUUUUUCUAGUAUUUAUUGACAUAUAUGUAGCAUAUACACAGUCCUGUACAUAGUUCAUCAUGAGAGCUGUUAAAAGGACACUUGAGUGGAUGUGGUAUCCUUGUCUUUUGGUAUAGAAAUACAUGUCAUAGUUUAGUUUGUUUUGUAUAUUACACAAGGAGAAAAAGAAUGUGCACAUUGUUUUUAUUGAAAUAAGUUUGUUAUGUCAUUUAAAACUUCACAUUCGUCCAAGAGUUUUUGACAAUGAUCUUGUCCUUUCAAGAAUCUGAAUCCCAAAAUUAUUCCUCUCUUCUACAAUAUUGUAUGUAUCAGUAUUAAAAGAAAAGUAGCGACAAAAUACACCCUAAGGUGGAAAAUAGGAGAUAAAUGUUUAUUUUUAAACAAAUCAGGAGGAUUGAAAUCUUGUAUUUUUAAGUUUUAUUCCAAUAGUAAAAUUGUGAAAGAACAAUGUCUUACAUUUUACAGUCUUGUGAAGUAAUUCAGAUAAAAUUGAACCAUUCCAUACAGAAGUGUGUUCCCCAUCUUCACUUCCUUUCAUCAUAACAGGCACUAAAGUCUCUUGUGCCUAUUGCCAACUUCAUGUGGCAGCAGUUGCAAGACCCAUCCAAACAUGCUUUUAUUGGUCAUUCAUUUUGUAUGAGAAUAAAUGAAUUAGAAUUCACUGUACUAUGUUCACACACAGGAGGACUUUCAGAAUAAAUAAUGCAUUUAUUGAUUUGUAAUUUGUAUCUUACUUUCAUCUGUUUCCUAUCCAUAUUGGAGUGAAAAUACAUAAAAAGUAAUUGUGUGUCAUGUACAUCAUUUAUGUGGAUAUACCUAGAUGCUUAUGAAAUGUUCCUUUGAAAAGUUGUAUCCCCACCUCUUUUUUUUAAUCCCUCGUAACUGCUGAUGCACAUAGAUGAUUCUUUUUGAACCUUUUAUGACGGUUAAUAUACAAAAUUUGUUGUUAAUUGUUGGAAUAUAAAUCGCC